AAGGCACUAUGGGAAGAUAUGCAGAAUGUGUUAGCACAAUUCGUGGAUUACAUGGAAGAGAUAGAGGACAACUUAGAGGACUAUGCCACAAGCUGUGGGGAUGCAGGUUGGGAACGUAGAGGAGACAGGCAUAAGGGAACCUUCUACACCGGACACACAGUUGCGGACAAGAUGAAAUGCAGACUGAUGGUUGGAGCAUUACAUUUUGUAGCUGGGUGGGGCAGUCAACUGAAAAAUGAUAACGAACCAUCGGAAAAUGAUAACGACAUGAAGGCUAUUAUGAGGUGUAUGGUGGCAAAUGUUUUUGCGUAUAUAUUGGCGGAAAUAAAGUGUAGAGAUGAGUGGCCUGCAAUAGAUCAAGCUUGGAAGAUAAUGAAGCAGAUUGCAGUGGGAACGGGAGACACCUCUAAUCCGCUUUUCACCGGCAAAUGUAAGCUGGAUGAGUACAGGGGUACAAAGGUAGGAACAGCGGAUUUGCAGGGUGCGGUAAAAAAAUGGUUAGAGACAAAUACAACAAUAAAUGAUCGUAUAAACGCAAUAAAGAAGGACCCACAAUGCAAACUAAAAUGGGAAACGUACAAGAAAGACAUGGAACAGAGCGGAAACGAUGCAUUAGGAAGAACAUCAGGGAAGGUGCAUCCCGGGGUAGGUGCCAUGGCUAAUGGUGGCAUUGGAAAAGAGAUAGUGGAAGUGGUGAAGGAAGUAUUCGUAAAAAUGAAGGACGAAGACCCGACUACUCAGGGCGGCAAGGAAACGCACAGUACAGAUAGGUGCUCAAAGCCAGCACAGUCUGCCACAGUCGUAAAUGCAGGCGAAGGUCUCGCCGGUGCUAAAUCCAUUACCACUAUCACUUUUGGCACGAGUUCCGGAACUCAUGAUGACUGUGACCAGAAGUCCAAAGACACAGAAGCAGGUAGUGGAACAGCAGAUGGUACCGCGACGAAUGCUGAUCCAUCCGAGGAGUCCAACACAGUUAAGGAUAUACCAGGAAGUAAUGAUCAAUUACGUGCCGGGAAGCCUGCCAAUGGCGUCGAUGCUACCUCUCCGACGAAUCAAGGACAACAGGAACCAGCUAAACCUGCAGUGGUACAUAAUGUGGAACAAUUAACAGGGAGCAAGAAGGAGGAUGUUACCGAGGGGGUUAGUCCUACAGAGGGACAAGGUAAUGUCGUGCAGAAGGAUCCUGAGAAGACCGAGCAGCCCCCCGGCUCCUCCGGUCCAGCUGCACCAGCUGUGGAGGAUCCUACACAGUCUAAUGCAGGGAAGGAUGGAACGGAUGGAUAUUCAUGGGGAUCCGGUACAUCCGAUAUAGAUGUGGGUGGAAUCGAUCCAUGGGAUACAACGGAUUGUGGCGCCAAACCGACAAAAGAUAACUCAGAUCCUCCCGGUUCCUCCUCCUCCACCUCAUAUCCGGCUGACUGUUCUACAAAAGAUAGUUCCAAGAAGUAUUCAGUAUGCGACUUCAACAUAUCAUUGAGCACAGCGCAGGGUGCCACGGAUCCAGGAGGAGGCUUCGUACCACCAACCUUACCAGAAGAUAAAUCUCGUGCCCAGAAUGACGACCCGGGUGGCGCACAGAAGGGCCCCUCCUUGCCCGAUCUAACGAACGCCGUCCUUACCGCCACUGCUCCCGUACUCUUCUUCCUGUCCGCCGUCACCGUCGCCCUUCUUGGUUAUUCCCUUUGGAAGUAUUUUGCGUACCUCGCCAAACGACGACGAAUAUAUCGAACCGUUCGUGACGUCCCGUCACCGCAACUCGACGAAGAAAUAUUGGAGCAUCUACAACGCGGCGACCUGCCGCCACCCGAUUACGGGUACACCUUGAUUAGGGAUAGGCAACCUGCGUCAAUAUCCGGUAGCGCACGCCCACCACGCGUGCAUAAGCGCACGAUCAUCGAGCUACAUUUAGAAGUGCUCAACGAAUGUGAAGCAACCGAAUGGGAAAACGUCAAAGACGACUAUUUGCAAAUACUCGUUGAACAGUUUAUGGGGGGCAACCACGGGCAUAGUAGUUCCUUGGAUGCUCCUACCAUAAAGCAGGGUUUAUCAGGGAUAAAUGGUUCAUCCACCGCGGAUCAAUCCACUGACAUGGAACGAACGGACGCAUCUCCACGUAACGCAGAGCACCCAGAUCCAUGGCGUUGUAUGGAAACCAUACAGUUCGCAGCGCACACUUCUCCACCUAACGAAGAUGACCCAUGCAGUUGUAUGGAAAACAUACAGUUAGAAACGGACCCUUCUGCACCACAUGACCCCGAUCCAUGGAGUUGUAUGGAAACUAAACAGUUAGAAACGGGCCGUUAUCGCCCUAACGAAGAUAACCACGAUCCAUGGAGUUGUAUGGAAACCAUACAGUUACAUACAGCACCGGACGCGCACUCCUCCCCGCGGAAUGAAUGCCCGAUCCCCGAUCACACUAAUUGGAUUAACUGGAUUGACCGCAACAAACAUAUUCUGCGGGCGUGCACGACGCAGCCGUGGUUUUUGCAAUUAAAAGCGGAAUGGCAACAAUAUUAUCAACAACAUUCGGCAGACGAAGACAACGUAGUAUCCGGGCAGCGUGCCUUCGGUGAUGCGGCCACCCUGCCGAUGCUGAAACUGCGGUUGUGGAAAGCAUGGGUUGCGCAACAACAUCGGCAAAUGCGUAUGUAUGGCCAGGAGGAGUGGUUCCAGCAUUUGUUGAAUAAUGUACAGGAGGAAACAGUGCCGGCAACAGGCGAUAUACACGGAGUGGAAAAUGCACUGGCCGCAGAAGAUGUUCUAAGAGCGCGAGAUGUACCACGCGCGCAACCACUCCAUGAGCAAUACUACAACAAGAAACCACUAAUACCCAAAUUGUGGAUGCUGCUCCUCGCGUCCGUAAUCGAAGAAUGUGAAAUCGAGAGAAGUAUGCAAGAGAAGGAGUUAUAUUUGGAUGCCCUAUUGCAACAGUGUUCACAUUAG